AUGGGUAGGCCAUGGUCUAUUAGUGAAAAAGGAAAACUUAACAAUUUCGCCAACGAACAUGGUACCAAAUUGUGGGAUCCGAUCGCAUCUGAACUCGGAAGAACACCUUCAGAUUGCAGAAAACAUUAUUAUGCCCUUAACGAAGAUCAAAUACCUCGUAGAAAUAGAAAUCUACGCGUUCCAAGAAGUCAUCAACCUCUUGAGGACCGUCAACAAAAUAAUAACGCGGAUCCUGUAAAGUUAACAAUACCUCGUCAAUUCUCUAAUAUUUCAAUCAACUUUAUUUUGAAUCGUAAUUACAAAAUGGAGAUCACAUAUAUUUUAGAUGGCGUGUGA